UUAUGGCAGGAAAUGAGAGAUUUGAAUUAGCUUCAUCCAGUUCUGUGUGGGGUUUUACGGCCAAUUAUCCAGAUGGGCCGAGGGGGAGUUUCUCUGGCCCAAAUUUCGAUAGGUCUGGUAGCUUCAAAGAGAGUGCUGAGAGCCGGAUGUUUGGUUCUGGGAUGGGCACGUCGCGGGGGAGUGGUUCACUGACUGGGGAUUUGCCCCCAUUUCGACAGAGUCUGAUGCUGGAGCCGAUUGUAAUGGGUGAGCAAAAAUACACACGAUCAGGCGAGUUAAGGAGGGUUCUCGGCAUUUCUGUUGGCUGUACCUCGGAAGACAAUUCAUUUGGAGCUACUCAUCUCAAGCCUUCCCCAGCUGUGGCUAUGGAGGUUCUGAAGCGUGUCAGAGCAAGUAUUAUAGAUACCUCUAUCAAAGCCAGGUCUUUAAUCAUUUUUCUUUCUAUUCCUUUUGAGAUACAAAUAUAA